AUGCCCAGUGAAAUCAUCUUCUUUGAUCUCCCGUCCAAAAAUGGGCGGGCGUGGUCGCUGAACCCCUGGAAGACCCGCUUCGUCCUCAACUACAAGUCCAUCCCCUACCGCACGCAAUGGACCGAGUAUCCCGACGUGAAACCAACCCUCGAGAAGCUUGUUCCGCCCAACAAGCCGGGCCAAAUAGCUGACUACACCAUCCCAGCCAUUACGCUUCCUUCCGGUACCUCGCUGAUGGACUCGUUCACGAUCGUCGAGCACCUCGAAGCCGAGUAUCCCAGCCCGCCACUACACCUCUCGGACCCGCGCCUGUCCACCAUCACCAACGACCUAUGGCCCCCAAUUAUGAAAGCCCUGCGACCCGUCUACGUACCCCGUGUAGGCUUGACGCUGCUAAAUCCGCCUUCCGCCGAGUACUUCCGCCGCACACGCGAGAAGGCCUUCAAUUGCACGCUGGAGGCGCUGCGCGACGAUCCGGAGCAGGGGGGCGAGCGUGCCUGGGACAAAGCGCGGCCAUGGCUGCAGAAGAUGGCGGCGCUGUAUCGGGAGGAUGGAGGAGGGCCGUUUUUGAGAGGGAGUGAGGUCAGCUAUGCGGAUUUUGUGGUGCUGGGCUUGUUGCUUAUGUUUGAUCGACUUGGUGUACUUGGGGAUUUGGUGAAGACUGGAGGUGAAGAGUUUCAGCAGCUGUGGGAUGCCAGUGCGGAGUGGCGGAAGAGGGAUGAUCACUGA